AUGUCAACUCGUCAACACAACAUCGCCGUCAUCGCCGGAGAUGGUAUCGGUAUCGAAGUUACCGCAUCCACCUUGGAGGUUCUUCGAGCAGUACAGAAGAAACUAGGGGGCUUUGAGCUGAAAUUUGAUGAACUCGACUACGGAAGCGCCCGAUACAAAGCUCAAGGAUCAUAUACCCCGGAAGGAUGGCUGGAACAUCUACGAAAGUCCGAUGCUAUCUUCUUUGGUGCUGUUGGUGAUCCAGAUGUCCCGGAUCAUAUCUCAUUAUGGGACUUGAUCUUACCCAUGAGACAAAAAUUCCAACAAUACGUCAAUGUGAGACCAUCAGCCAUCUUACCUGGUAUUCCACCAAGGAUCACUAAUGCCCAACCGGGUGACCUAGAUUGGGUGAUUAUUCGAGAAAACACUGAAGGCGAAUAUGCAGGUCAAGGUGGUCGAACUCACGUUGGUACAGAAUGGGAAACAGCAACGGAAGUAGCUGUGUUCACUCGAAAAGGUGUAGAGAGAGUUAUGAGAUUCGCAUUUGAGACCGCUCGAAAGAGACCACGAAAAUUAUUGACAGUGGUCAGUAAGAGUAAUGCGCAGCGUUACGGUCUGGUCCUCUGGGAUGAAGUUGCAGAGAUCGUCUCUAAAGACUUCCCCGAUGUCAAAUGGGAUAAAAUGCUUGUGGACGCAAUGACCGUCCGAAUGGUCACCAAGCCCAAAACACUCGAUACUAUCGUUACCACCAACCUCCACGGAGACAUUCUAUCAGACUUGGCAGCGGGAGUAUCCGGAUCAAUCGGUAUCGCCCAUUCCUCAUCUCUUGAUCCGACUCGAAAAUCUCCAUCACUCUUCGAGCCAGUCCACGGGGCUGCUUUCGACAUCAUGGGUAAGAAUCUUGCCAACCCAAUUGCAGCUAUUAUGUCUGCGGCCGAGAUGUUGAGGUGGCUGGGUGAAGAAAAAGCUGCUGAGAUCAUCGAGAAAGCUUGUAAGACCAGUAUUGCAAAAGGUCAAACUACAGGUGAUCUGGGUGGGAAAUUGAAAACUGACGAGGUGACUGAUGUGGUCAUCAAACUCAUAGAGGGUCAAUAA